UUCCUGGCCAGGGACGUGCGUGUAACUCAUUAAAAAAAGCAGCGGCCUCCCAAAUUUGUCGGACUAAGCUGGGGCGUUAAGGCUAAUUAGUUUCGUCGGAAUCCCCUCGCGUAAAUAUUAUUGCUGUUUGUUUAACCUUGCGCGUAAUUAGCGGGAUUUUUUUUUCAUUUAACGGAAAAUUGUGCAAUUCGAUGAGUUAGGUGCGACGAUUGCCUCACGUGGAAAAUUGUGUUUCUCAGCAUAGACUGGCUUGCAAUUGCUUAAUUCCGGCACGUGCUUGUUUUGUAUGCGUAAUCGUGACCUUAUCGUAUUUCCCAUGGUGUUCGAUUUUCGGAGGUGUCGAGUGUCUUUCAGUGGUAUGGAAGAUGAGAGGUUCGUGACCCAAGCAGCCUUACACGUUCAGCGCCCUGUGUACCAGACGGAAGAGCUCAACGAGGUGACCACCUAUCAGUACAGAACGCCGGAUCUUAGAAGGACGGUGCAGAAGAAGUUCGCCUCGUGCAAGGCGAAAUCGUGCAUUUUCAAUACUGUUCCGAUUUUGAAAUGGUUGCCUCGCUACAAUUGGAGGAAGAACAUCGCGGGAGAUUUGGCGAGUGGACUUACCAUAGCGAUCAUGCAUAUACCACAGGGGAUGGCCUACGCUCUCUUGGGCAACCUGCCACCAAUCACCGGUCUAUACAUGGCGUUCUUUCCGGUCUUGGUCUACGUCCUGUUCGGCACCUCCAGGCAUGUCUCAAUGGGUACGUUCGCUGUGGUCUGCCUAAUGACUGGAAAGGUAGUCUCGGAAUACUCCAACGAUGGCACCAGCGCCAAUGCGACGGACUUCAACGAAGACUUUUAUUACACUCCAAUGCAGGUCGCAACCACUGUAACCUUCACCGUGGCAGCAUUUCAGAUGUUGAUGUACAUAUUUAGAUUAGGAAUCGUCACCACGUUGCUGUCCGAAACUUUGGUAAACGCAUUCACGUGCGCCUCCGCCUUCCACGUCGCCACCUCGCAGCUGAAGGACCUCUUCGGUCUCGUCUUGCCGAAACGCAAGGGAAUAUUCGCCUUAGUUUUCGUAAGUAAAAUUCCGCGUGGCAAAGGUCAUUUGCGUCAAUUUAUUGAUUUGUGUACUACUAAUUCGAUCGACUGAUAAAACGAAUUAAUCCGCUUUUUUCUCUUACUUGGUACGAGGUAGUGAUGGGGCCCCUAACUCUAUACGGAAGUUUACAAAAGUCACUAAAUCACUCUACGCUGGAUCCCCUUAGGUCGGGGGCCCACGAGCACGUGCUUGCUCUGCUUGUACGCAAAUCCGGCCCUGGGCGGUACAGGUGUGAAUGACCCUUUCAGAUUUCAAAAUAAUGGAUUACUUGUGACCAAGCACAUGAUGAUGUGACGUCAAGUAGCAGUCACAUGAAUGUUACAAAUAAUUAGAUAUCCGAUUGAGAUAUCUCCCAACACAUAAACAACUAUAUUUAGAGCCUCUAUGAUUUUUUUCCCCAGUCGAAUGGAAGAUGCCGUAAUUCCUCCUCUUUACAUUUACAAAGUUAGAACCUGAUGAAUUUUCUAUUCGUCUUUUCCUCAUUUUUAAUCUUCGAUUGCUAAAUUGGAAAAUAAACGCUUUAGGAACUCAUGCAUAAUUGAAUAUAAGAAACUCUAGAAUUCCGGAAUUCGAUUUACGAAUUUGGAAAUUUCUUUAUUUUUGGGUUUGCGAGAUUCUUAUUUUUCACGAUUGAGAAAUUCAAAGAAGAGAUCCAUAAGUUUUGACUUCUAAAAGAGUUGAUGGGAUUCCAGAAUUUGAUUUUCGAAUUUGUAAAUUUCUUCAUUUUUGAGUUUUUUGAGAUUAGAACAGAAUGCAUUUCUUAACUACCGACUUUUGGACUUUGUUGUAAGAAUUGCUAGAAUUCCGAAAUUCGAAUUUUGAAUUUGUAAAUUGCUUCAUUUCUUAGUUUGCCGAUUUUUCCACGGUUGCGAAAUUUAAAAAAAAAAUUGAACUGGAUGCCUUUUGUAAUUUUUGCCCGUAACAGGACAGAAGGCGAUCCAUAAUUUUUGACUUUACAUAAGGAAUUCAAGAGAUCAAUUUUCACACUUGUACAUUUCGUCGUGUUUUUGAGAUUUUUGGGAAAUAAAAAAAUUAGGAAUGAAUGAGUCUCAUAAUUACUGCCCAUGGAUGGACAGUUUGCUGAAAGAAUUGCUAUAAUUUCGGAAUUCGAUUUUUUAAAUUUUGUAAAUGGGGUAAUUUGGGCUAAAAAAAAUGACC